AUGAUUGAACAAAUUCUUCAUCACAAUCACCUUUAUUUGCUGCAUAUGCAGCUUUUCAAUAAUCGAAAAGCCUUCAGCCCUUUUCUUGCAUCAAAGAUGAGAGUCUGCACUAAGUCAGUGUUGCUGUUGCACUGGCUCUUCCUGGCCUACGUGUUGAUGGUGUGUUGCAAGCUGCUGUCCGCCUCGAGCCAGCAUCUCCGGGGACACGCAGGCCACCACCAAAUCAAGCAAGGGACCUGUGAGGUUGUUGCUGUGCACAGAUGCUGCAAUAAGAACCGCAUUGAAGAACGUUCUCAAACAGUCAAGUGUUCCUGCUUCCCAGGACAGGUUGCUGGCACAACUCGGGCACAGCCUUCUUGCGUUGAAGCUUCCAUCGUAAUACAGAAAUGGUGGUGUCAUAUGAAUCCCUGUUUGGAUGGAGAAGACUGUAAAGUGCUGCCCGAUUACUCAGGUUGGUCCUGUAGCAGUGGCAAUAAAGUCAAAACUACAAAGCCAGAGCUCGCUCGAAGUACUUAG